GACGGGGGUGAGAAAAAGGAGUUGGUAGUGUGUGUGGAUCAGCAGAGGCUGGGUGGGUCCACAGAGAAGCGUUUCCACACAAACUCCCGUGCACGCCGCGCGUUAAAGGGCUUCCAGUUCUCACAGGGCCACAAUGUUGGUGCUGGCAGGGAUCGUCGUUCUGCACAUUACUACCAUCAUCCUGCUUCUGGUGGCCACCAUCGACAAUGCCUGGUGGAUCACCAAGACUGUGUCAACAGAGCUGUGGGGCACGUGGGAGUUGAAAAGCUCAGACUGGCACUACUUCAGCCUGAGAGGCUACCCGGAGGGCUCAACGCAAGAAGAGUUCCUCCAGACCGUGCAGGCCACUUCAGUGCUGGCCUGUAUCUUCACCAUCCUGGCCCUGUUUGUGUUCGUGGCUCAGCUGUUUACGCUGCCCAAAUGCCAGCGGUUCACCCUGACCGGUAUUUUCCAGCUGAUCGGCUGCUUGUGUAUAAUGAUAGCUGCCUCCAUCUACACAGCUGAGCUGCACACCGACGACGCGUCAGGAGGGUACGGGCACUGCUACGUCCUGGCGUGGGUUUCCUUCGUCCUCAGCUUCAUCUUAGCCAUCACCUACCUCAUCCUGAAGAAGACGAACGAGUGAGACGAAAAAAAACGGGCUGCUCCAUCAGUGGGAAGUGAAAGUGCAGGAUUUAAUCUUUAAACAUCCUAACGCCACCUGCCGCCAUAAAUGUGUGAAAUAUUCAAAUGCUAAGAAGAGCCAUUUUUUUUUUUUUUUUUUGUAAGUUUUAUAUAAAAAGUUCAGGAAUGGGUUUGAAACAGACGUGGAGAUGCAGCGGCAUUAAAACACAAACAUUUAUUUGUGUUUUUCUAGUUACAUUUAGGAUUCAAGACAUACUUCUAGCAACAUCAUUUUGCUAAAAGUUUAACAUCUUGAGAUCAUUUACUUGCCAUUUCGUCUCCCUCGCGUCUGCUCCGACCAGCAGAUUAUUAUUUUAAAGGAACAUUCUGGAGUUAAAACAAACUUUUAGAAGGAAAUGAGCGUUCACUCUCGUUAGGGACCAAAACAAUUUGGUCAGAAGUAGUUUUGAGUUAAAGCGGAUUUUAUUUACAACAAAAUGGCUAAUAAUGUUAGUUUUUAAGGUAAUGGAUCCAAGAAUAAAUAUUGUACCUUUUUAGGCCUCUGACCCUUCAUUCAUUCAUCCAUUAACUUCCACUUGUCCCAGUUUGGGUCGUAGAAGCAGCAUCCUCGUCUCGUCUCGGCUCACCACACGAGACCAGCAGAGAGUUUGUCUCACUGUAUUUGCAUGCAUCAAUCUACCUUCUGAUCGGCCGUUCCUUCCUUCCUUCGCUCGGGAAGAAGACCCUCAAGAUACUUCAAGUAUUCCACUUGAGGCAGCGCCUCAGUUCAGACCUGGGGACGAUGUUUCACCCUUUUCCGCCUGGAACAGUGUGGAUGGAGCCCCUGCAGACGAGCUGAAGUCAUUUUAAAUGUGCACGUGUGCACAAAAAUCAAUCAGAAGGACCGCUUGUGCUUCCCUGUCCGGCCUUGUCCGUAGAAGCUUAUGGAGCUAGAACAGUCUCAUAAUUCGCAAAUGCACACACCGUUUCACAAAUGCACAGGACAAAAUUCACAAAUGCAACACACCGAUCCGCAAAUGUACACACCGUUUCACAAAUGCACAGAACAAGUUUCACAAAUGCAACACACCGAUCCGCAAAUGCACAGGACAAGUUUCACAAAUACACAGAACAAUUCACACGUGCGUACGACAAGAUACACAAAUUUAUUUUUGAUGCACACACAAAUAUAACCUGAUUUAAAAACUUUUUUUUUUGUCUGUGAGCUGCGCUGGAUUUGCGUGUGAUUUUUGAGACUCCCCUGACGUGACUCGAUCCACAAAUACGUUUUUUUUAACACGGAAGGAUCUGCAACCAAUCAGAUGUCUUCCUUUGUUUCAGCCAAUCAUAAGAGUGCACCCCACGUAGGGGACGCAGAGCAGUGGAUAAAACAUGAUUUACUCUAAACCAAUCAGAUUAAAGGGGCGGAUACACCUGCUGUUUGAACUGCGUUCGCUUAGAAAAGUGAUAUUUCGAGUUGGUGGAGUAAAGAUAAAUAAACAAGACAGCAACAUGGGAUGGAGAGGAGACCACUGCUCUGCUUUUCUUGUGAUCUCGGUAAAGAAAACAGCGCGAUCGGAGAUGGUUUGUCAGGCCGUUCAACCAGAGCCGUCAGGAGACUGGAGAGCUCUAGUCCUGCCGAUGCAGGUAAUUGAUGAUGCAUGCACGGUGUGUGCAUUUGCGAAUUAUGAGACUGUUCUAGCUCCAUACAAGCUGACGAUCGAUGUGAAGAGACGCUGAAGGAGACGAGUUCGGGGCCUCUGCUUUCACUAAACUGACUCAGUACUUGUAUAUUUAUGGAAGAAGAGCUCAUGAACACUCCUGCGUUUCCGUCCGCUGACCGGUUCCUGUGACCCGGGUGGGCGACAGGGCAGCGUCCUGUACAAACAGUCGUUUUGCUUUACCGCCUGUACACAUACACACCUAAAAUGACCUUGCCUGUCCCCCGGGAACCCAAACACCUCAAAUACAAGUCGAGUCCAAAGCAGGAAUGUAUUUCGACGUGUCUACCGCCUCCUGUAACAAGAUUACAGUAUUUUCUGGACUAUAAGCCGCUACUUUUUUCAUAGGUUUUGAACCGUGAGGCUUAUACAAAGGUGCGGCUAUUCUGUGGAUUUUUCUUCCACCACUCCGGGGGCUCUAACCGGAAUUAGAAACUAAGACAAAAUAAAUGCAAAGAAGAAUACGCUACUUCUUCUUUAGCAGAUAGAAGCAGAUUUCAAACAGAUAAAUAAAUACCGGUUAUUUUCUCUUGGUUCUGUCCCGUUUUAAUCAGCAAAGUUGCUGCCGUGUUAAAAGACACUGUUAGGAAAGGAUCUAUUUAGGUACAUGUACAUCAUUUACAGUUCAAAAUCCUUCUGUUCAUGUAGUAAAUAUCUAAUCUAACAACAUAAAUAUCUGUGGCUUGCAUAUCUUUUCUUAAUUAUUUUUUUAAAAAUAGAGAAGAUGCGGUUUAUAUGCAGGUGCGGCUUAUAGUCCAGAAAAUACGGUAUUUACUAUUUAGUUGCCAACACGUUCAGUUCUCACUCAAAACAGCUUUGACUCUCAUUGUUUUGGACUCCAACUAAAAGGUUAGGCUUGUUUUAACUCCAGAAUAUUCCUUUAAUCUCAAAGCUGAACUUACAUGUCUCCUUAUUCACUGAAAACGGUCAGAUUUGGAGGUUUGCAGUCAGGAAGAGGAGCGUGAGGAGCUGGGGGUGUUUAUAACCCGUUUCCAGAUGUGUCACGGACCUGACUGGCAGCUGGCUGUGACAUCACAGUCCACUCACGCAGCACUUCAUCCGCGAGCUGCGAGGAAAAGCAUCAGUUCAUUCCCGAACGGUCUCAGUUGGAGGAUUUGAUGGGUUUAAGAAAGUAUAACUGAGAGAAACUGCAGUUAAAAAGUUCCUGAGAUGAACGUCUGGAUGCCACAGGCCGUGAUCAGUGUUUAACAUUUAUCUUUAUUUUACAUCUCAAGUAUACUGUAUGCAUUUCUAUUUUAUCGACAUUUUAACCAUUAUACCCUGUAUCUUUAUGCGUGUUUCGUAACCAUGUAUUACUCUGCGUCGGUGUCUGGCUGCUAUGAGGACAAAUGUACAAGUGAACACUAAGAUGAUCCCGGGACGGGAGAAAAUGCUGUUUCCUUUCACGACGUGACAGAACUUUGCAUUCAAAACCUUUGUUUGUAAUUACGCUGGAACUUAAUGUCAUUUAUUAAUAAAAAUUAAUUAAGACUCAG